CACUUUUGCCACCUUUUUUGCGGUUUACAAAACUUUCUUGCUAGCCAGGGGAAUUGUGGUUGUGGUAGUGAAGAACAAGUUUGGUCAUGAAACCAUAUAAUUCAAGCUCUAAUAGCCCAGAUAUAGAUAUGGAGAUGGGCACAGUAGCCAUAGCACAGGGGGUUCAGAAGAGAAGUAGAAAAGGAGGCUUCACAAAUGGAAAGGCUAAGGUUUGUGGUGAUGCAGGUGAUCAAUCCGUGCAUGAGAUGCAUAUAUGGACAGAAAGAGAAAGGAGGAAGAAGAUGAAGAAUAUGUUCUGUAGUCUGCAUGCUUUGCUUCCUCAACUUCCUGCUAAGGCAGACAAGUCUACUAUUGUUGAUGAAGCAGUAACAUACAUCAAGAACCUUCAACAGACUCUCCAAAAGCUUCAACAACAAAAGCUUGAGAAACUAAGGAGUGCAACAGUGGUUGAUUAUGACCAAUCAUCGAUAAUCACAUCGCAGGUGCAAGUUCCUGAAUCAAGGGAAGCAUUCUUGGCAGAUCAGGGACCAUCAAAUAACUAUCCAAUGACCACAGAUGUGUCUCAAACAUUUCCAGCCUGCUUUCAGACAUGGUUUUCUCCAAAUGUUGUCAUUAAUAUGUGUGGGGAUGAUGCACAAAUCAGUGUCUGUUCACCAAGGAAGCCAGGGGUAUUCACCACCAUCUUGUACAUACUAGAAAAGCAUCAGUUGGAGGUGGUGUCCGCUCACAUUUCCUCGGAUCAAUAUCGUAGCAUGUACAUGAUCCAUGUCCAUGCUGGUGGAGCGUCUGACCAAUUUUCGGAGGCAGUGUCUGUGGAGGAGACAUUUAAGCUGGCUGCAGGAGAGAUGAACUUAUGGCUCCUGUCAUGUUAAUACUAUAAUAUAUAUCAACAUAACCUAAGGUCAGUAUACUUUCCAUUGCAGUAAAAAGGGUGAUUCUUUUGAAUUACUCAGGGAUGCCCACAGGCUAGAAUAAUCCGAGUCAGCCUUGGCUACAGGAAAUUGAUCAGGAAAGCUUCUAUCUGCUGCAAAUCCAC